GUGCCAAGGGAUGAGUCUGCGGAUGCUUAUCAUUUCUCUCUCUUAUUGUCUCCUGUUGUUUCUGUUUGGGAUUGUAUUGUCCGGAAGAUGAGAAGAAGCAGGUGAAAGGUGAGAUGGAUCGUCUCAGGCAAGCUGAGAAGAAAAAGAGGCGUUUGGAGAAAGCUCUAGCUACUUCAGCAGCAAUCCGAUCUGAGCUAGAGAAAAAAAAACAAAAAAAGAAGGAAGAACAGCAAAGACUUGAUGAAGAGGGUGCUGCAAUUGCAGAGGCUGUUGCUCUGCAUGUCUUACUUGGCGAGGACUCUGAUGAUUCAUGUAAUAUUGUGCUAAACAAAGAAGAAGGUUUCAACACUUGGGGUUGUGCUGGUAAUAUUGAUGUUUUCAUGGGUGAAAAGAGACCAUCGCUUCCUCAAGAGGACUGCUCGGGGAAUUCAUUUGAAAGAAUAGGGUGGCUCUCUAGUACUUACGGAACUGGAUGCAAGUGGGGGGAUAGGGAAAAUAAUGACUGGUCCUUUUCAUACGAGUCUCUUCAGAAGAGUUUGCCAGUGCAAUACUUUGACGAUGGCAGUUGGGGCACUACUGAGUUCUCAGAUGAACUUAUUGCAGCACAAGCUGCUUCAUCGCUCCAGAUUGCAGAGGAUGCAGAUGGCGACACAUUCCUCUUCAACGGAAUGCUAAGAGGGUAGACUAGCAAUUCUCUGCAGCCUUUCAAAACUGAGUUCUGAAACAAUGUUUUUGUAUAUAUUCAAGAAUGUCUUAAUGUCAUUUAUCAGAUUUGUGUGUUGCUGCUUCUGGUUUGAACAAAUGUCGCACUUUUUAUCUGUGUUUUUCAUGUCAUUUGCUCGAGAAGCAUGCCUUAUUUCUUGUGACUCGGAACAUCAUUUUACUGGUAUUUUUGUUUUCCUUCAGGGACGAUUUUUCU